GUCACUGGUUGAUGUUUGUUGUGUUGAUAAUUUAGUAUUUGUGUGAACAGUAUGUUGAUAGUUUAGUAUUUGUGUGAACAGUAUGCUGAUAGUUUAGUAUUUGUGUGAACAGUAUGCUUAUAGUUUAGUAUUUGUGUGAACAGUAUGCUGAUAGUUUAGUAUUUGUGUGAACAGUAUGCUAAUAGUUGAGUAUUUAUGUGAAGGGUAUGGUGAAGCAGCAUGCUGAAAAGGUUCUUCAUCAUUCAGAUGCUUUCUAGAUGCUUCAUCAUUCAAGUUGGAGGCUGCCUGGUAUCUGCUGACACUAGUUCUAGGCUCACAGACUUGUGUGUGUGUGUGUGUGGGUCUGUGUGUGUUUGUUUGUGUGUGCGUUUGUGUGUGGGUGUGUUUGUUUGUGUGUUUGUGUGUGUGUGCCUGCCACAGAUGCACUAAUGUUUAGAAAUGGUUGUUUAUAACUUGGUAUAGACAUGCAUAACAUGGUCAAAUGUCAUUAUAUAAAUAUACACUCGUGGUCAAAAGUAUUCAUACCCUUUGCCUGAGAUAUCAAUAAUUCCACAUUUCAUGAAAAAACAUUGAAAGUGAAAAUGUUUUGCUUUGAUCUCACAGGAAAAAUAAAAUAAAUAUCUACACUUAAAUAGUGCAUACAGUUUUCAUUAAAACAUAAAUGGCCUAGACAAGAUUAUAGGCAGGAGAAUAAUUUGGAGAAUUCUAAAUAAUUAGAUUAUUUUCAAAAUGAUUGUCAUUGAACAAAUACUGGUACAGUACAAUGAAAUGCAGCUGGCACCUAAGCAGAAGUGCAAAUAAAAGAUUGCAGAAAAUGUAAAGUAAAACAAUCAAUACAAUUUAUGUUAUAGGUGGGAUAUAUAAAUGUGCAAUGAAGGCAAACAAAAGUACAAAUGGCAUUUCUAAACAUGCAAUGAAGGCAAAUAGAAGGUGCAAGGUAGUUCCUGAGAUAGACAUGUGCAUGAAACAACUGAAAAUAUCAGAGUCCAGUAGUACAAAGAGAGUAGUGCAACAAGGUCCCUGAGAGGCAAUACUAAGCGGUGGACAGGUGGGUAUGGUUACUGUCUGGUUUUUAAUUAGGUUAGAAGCUGGUGAUUCUCAUUUACUGGAAUAUUUUCGUCAACUGUGUUCAGUUGCAGGUGCGUGCAGAGUAUAAAUUGCUCCUCAAUAAGGUUUAAGAAAGAGCAAAAAGAACAUUCUGGAAGGGUUUGUAGCUGUAGAGUGUGCCAGUUGCCAGUAGAGAAGCACAGGAGCCUUGCUGAUGGUUACAACAACUGUUUAAUUUACAGCUGUUACCUUUGUCAAAGGAUGUGCUACCAACUUCCUGUCCCUACCAUCUGUUUCUUUUCUGAAUAACAGUACAUUAACAAACAUAAGUGGCAGUUGCUGUUGAAUUAAAUAAUUGUUUUGAUUUCAUUGAAUUAAAUCCUGAAUAAUGAAAUAGGAAACUAUUUAUCAUUUAAUGCAAGGGUUUAAAUGUAAAAGUCAGAACCUGUAAAAAUCUUGGCAGCAUUCCAUGCAGUUGUUAUUAUAAUAGUGGUCUCCAACCCUGCACCAUAACUGUAUAUUUUCAGUCCAACCCUACUAGUUGGGCCUGAUUCACAUUAGUUACAACUGGGGUUGGAGCAAAAACCUACAUGAUGGAAACUCUUGAAGAACAGGAUUGCAGGCCACUGAAGCAGAGAAGAAUGUUAGAACAAACAGCAUAUCAGGCAGGCUAGUUUGUGUUUUUGCUAAUUCUUGGAUUUACAAAGCAUUGUAAAAAGGACACUGGCUUGUGUGAUCGGCUUGGUUCUUCUUGUUGUUGUUACAGGUUAAAUCCCUGAUUUCAUACAAUGGAGCUCCUUCCCCCAGUGAGAUGUCUAACCAUUAAACUCUUGACCUGCAGAACUUCAACUCCCCCACACUUGUAGAAUUUUCAGUCCCUCAGAUCUCCAGUCCUCUACAUCUCCAGUCCCUCAGAUCUCCAGUCCCUCAGAUCUCCAGUCCUCCAGAUCUUCAGUCCCUCAGAUCUCCAGUCCCUCAGACCUCCAGUCCCCAGUACCCCUAGUCCCCUACUUCUCCAGACCACAAGUCCUCCAGAUCUCCAGUCCCUCAGACCUUUUGGAUAAAAACAGAUUUGAGGUCUCAUUCUGGAAGGCACCACUCUAAGCAUUGUUGCUGGACUGCAUCAUCGAAUGGAAGCCUGAAGGGACUGUAGUAGCAGCCAGUCUGAGUGAAGGAACUCAGAACUGAACUGAGGGCAGGUCAAAAUGAGUCGUCAGAUUGGAGAGUCGGUUUUCACCGUCCAUGUUGGUGAGGUCAAGAACAACAACCAGAAUCAGCACUUCAUCAGGGGUGUAGGCGGAGGAGGGGUGAUAUCCGAUGGGGAUUCUAACGCUAACCAGAUCACCCAGACUGGGGAGUCAGGAGACGCGACGUCAGGAGACGCGACGUCAGGAGACGCGACGUCAGGAGACGCGCCGGCAGGAGACGCGCCGGCAGGAGACGCGCCGGCAGGAGACGCGCCGGCAGGAGACGCGCCGGCAGGAGACGCGACGGCCAGAGAUGCGAUAGGAAGAGAUGUGGGAUCUCUUAAGUCUGUGUCUCAAAUGACGACAGUGAUAAAGGAACCGCAAGACAAGAUCAUCAUCUGGGGUACGGACUCCCAGUGUGAUGACCCCGAGCUGGCCGAAUUUGAGAUGCUGGAGUGCCAGGAGCUGGAAGCCUACCUGGUAGAGGAGGAGGAGGAAGGAGUUAUGCAGGGAAAAAGAGUCGGAAAUGGGAACAUCCUCCUGGACCAGCCCGUAUCUGUGGUGGGGUUAGUUUCUAACCAAAGCUCCAAGAGGGAGCAAGGAGGGUCGAAGACCAUCCUACAGGACCCAACUGAGCAAGAUGCUGCUACCGUGUCCCAUCUAUCCGGGACUUGGACGAUGGGCAUGGGGGUAGUGGACUGUGUGGCCAAGGCAGAGUUCAGCUCUGACAAUGAUGUCUUUGUGUCCUGCUUGUCCACUGUGUCCAGUUUGGGUGGCAGUCUGGCCAAUGCUCUGGAUACUGCUGGACAGACCCAGGCCACCACCACAGACUCCUGGCCUGUCCCCUCAGGACCUAACAGAACCAUAGCAGAUGAUCUGACUCUGGCUUCUCAAUCCUCUUACAUAAUAUCAGACUGCAGAAUAUCUUCCCAGCAAUCCAGAAAACACCAGGCACCAUUUAAAAGCACAAUAAUAGAAGCUGGGCAACCUCAAGCUGAAUCUAGAAGCACAAUACAACGAGCCAAACAACCUCAGGUGCCACAUGAAAGCACAACACAAAAAGGUGAGCUUGACCUGAACCAGAAUAAGUCUGACAAGGUUGCCGAUGUAAAAGCACAAGCUAGUAAUGGCGUAAUAGUGGGUCAAUGUAAAAGUCAGACAAACAUGAGGGAACAGGGCCACAAAGAGCACAACCAGAACCUGGAGCUGAGGUACAGGGAAGUUGGAGGCAGUGCUGAGGAGGACAAACAUGUGUUUUCCCCUGAUGUGAACCACAAUUCACCCGCCAAAUCAGUUACCAAGAGGAUUCAAUCUGUUGAAUCCAAAGACUUCAAGAAACAGGACUCUUUUGAAAAACAAAUGAAAAAACAAGGUUCCUUUGAACAAACCAUGAAGAAAACCACCUCGUUCGAACAGAGCACGAAGAAAACAACCUCAUUUGAAAACACCACGAAGAAGUCAGCCUCGUUUGAUAGAAGCUUGAGGAAAGAACCUUCCUUUGACAGAACACUGGGGAAGCAGGGUUCGUUUGAACGUAGUGCCAGUCCUUCCAGUCUGGAGGGGAGGAAGCCUUGGGGAAGCAGAAGCCCUAGCCGGCCAGCCACCCCUCCCUGGUCUCCCAGGAAACAAGCCCCCAAUUCCCCUGCCAAGACCAGCACCAGACCAGCUUUGUCCACAUCCCCGUCUAAGACGAGCAAUCGAGCCUCCAGCCAGGACACCGGUGGUUCCCCCCAGCGAGGCAUCCCCACUGGCCUCAGAGUGCCGAGUAAGGUCUGUGUGACCAGCAGCAUUCCAAAACCCAUGUCCCCUCUGCCACCUGCUGUCCCCAGGAAGUCAUCACCAACUCACCAACCCAAAACCGCCCGCCCUAAGAUCAUCACCUAUGUCCGUAAAAGCCCCCAGGUACAGGUCCAGUCCCAGGAGACAGAGAUUGGCCAGUAUGAGUCUUCUACGCUCCCUCCUCGUUUACCCACCUCCCAGCCCAGCCCUCCUGCAGCCCAAAGGGAGCCCCAUAAGGUUGGGACUCAUUCUAAGGCCUCACAGGUGCUUUGCUCUUCCAACACCAUCUUUGAUAAGUACCGCCAGGAGAUGCAAAAAGCAGGAUUCUUCCCUGCGGGUACCGGCAUGACUUCGCUGGGCAUCAAGCCUCCCAGUCACCCUCCUUCACACAGGCUCUCUGGGAAGUCUGGCAGCUUCCAUGGAGAACUUCCAAACCGCUACAUGUUGGAGUUGGGUCUGGCACCUCCAGUGCUGUCUCCCCAGGAGGGUACAGGUAUGUACUGCUCUCCCAGGCCCAGAGGGCCCCAGCUGGGGUUAGGGGCUGUCACCCGCCAGCCAGCGGCACCCAAGGCCAGGAACGCGCUCCAGGGUCCGGGCCAGAUGGGUCAGAGAUCCGGGGUCACGACCCUCAGCCACCCAGGACAGCCAGGGACCACUCAGGGACACCAUGACCCCACAGACCACAGAAGACCAGGCCCUGAGGCCACCCAGUCCAGGAUCUUUCUUCCUAAAGCUGGUCAGUCUGGUCUGCGACAUCCAGGCUUCUCGGCCCUGCCACCUGCCCGUCUGGCCACCUUCGGCUUUGUGCGGAGCUCCUCCAUCUCCUCUGUCUCAAGCAACCAAUCGACAGACAGCAGCCACAGCGACCCAUGCAGACCUUCUCAACCUUCUAGGAAGGCGGAUCAGAGGGCUGUAGAUGUGGUCCAACCCACUGUCUCCUCCCCUAAACGCUUUGCAGUGGUCCCACCCAAGCCUCAUUCUCCAGUACGUAGAUCCAAAACAGGUUGUGGUGGGUUGGAUUUCGGAGGUCAGGAGGAUAAGUGUGACCUUGCUCUAGUGCAGCAGUUGAGGGAACGCUGUGACAAGCAGGCCAGACAGAUCCACAGUCUCCAGACUGAGCUAAACAAGGCUUCUCUGGGACUUCAGGUGUUCUCCAUCACCACACAACACUUCCACCAGAAGAGUGAGAGCGCCAUCGUGAAGGAGCGAGAACUGUCCUUGGAACUCACCAAGAUCAGGGAUGAAGUGGCGUCCAGUGUUUUGCGUUGGGAGGCUCUGCAGCAGGAUAAGGAGGCGUUGGAGCGGAGGUUUGAGGGGGAGUUGGUGGAUCUGCAUGCCCAGCAGCAGAGUGAGUUGGCUGUGUUGGAGGAGAGACUGAGGUUGCAGCACAAUCAGGAGGUCCGGCGCCUGGAGGCCCAACAGAAGGAACAGCUGGACACACUACGGGUACAGCAUCUGGAGCAGAUGGAGGAAAUGACAGAGAAUCAUGAAUCCGUCCUGACAGAGAUGGAGUCUAACCACAACGACACAUUGGCCACUCUGAAGGAAGAACAUGCCAGGACCAUCAAAAACCUGAAGAUGGCCCAUGACCAGCAGAGGAAGUCACUGGAAGAGGAAUUUGAGAAGCUCAGACUGUCCCUGCAGGACCAGGUGGACACGCUGACAUUUCAGAACCGCAGUCUGAGAGACCGAGCCAAGCGCUUCGAGGAGGCCCUCUGUCGGAGCACAGAGGAGCAGAUAGUGGAGGCACUAGCUCCGUAUCAGCACAUUGAGGAGGAUCUGAAGAGCUUAAAGGAAGUUCUGGAGAUGAAGAACAAACAGAUCCACGAACAGGACAUCAAAAUCUCAGAGCUGGAGAGAAUGCAGGCCCAAAAGAACGUGUUCCUGGAGGAGAGAGUCCAGGUUUUACAGCAGCAGAAUGAAGACCUGAGGGCCCGGAUAGAUAAGAACCUAGCUCUGUCCAGACAUCUUUCUGAGGAAAAUGCCAACCUCCAGGAGUCAGUGGAGAAGGAGAGCAACGAGAAGAAACGUUUGAGUCGUAACAACGAGGAGUUGCUAUGGCGGCUGCAGACAGGAGAGCUUAGUCCCCAUAUGUCCCCCACAGGGUCCCCUAUCCACAGAGCGUCCCCCAUCCUUCAUGGAUCCAACUCCUCCUCCCCUAUAAACCACCGCUCCAGCCCUGGCCCUGCAUCACCUGCACGACCACACUCCUACCACCAAUGAGAUGAUCCACCCACACUCCUACCACCAAUGAGAUGACCCACCCACACUCCUACCAGCAAUGAGAUGACCCACCCACACUUCUACCACCAAUGAGAUGAUCCACCCACACUCCUACCACCAAUGAGAUGAUCCACCCACACUCCUACCACCAAUGAGAUGACCCACCCACACUUCUACCACCAAUGAGAUGACCCACCCACACUUCUACCACCAAUGAGAUGAUCCACCCACACUUCUACCACCAAUGAGAUGAUCCACCCACACUUCUACCACCAAUGAGAUGAUCCACCCACACUCCUACCAACAAUGAGAUGAUCCACCCACACUCCUACCACCAAUGAGAUGACCCACCCACACUUCUACCACCAAUGAGAUGACCCACCCACACUUCUACCACCAAUGAGAUGACCCACCCACACUUCUACCACCAAUGAGAUGACCCACCCACACUCCUACCACCAAUGAGAUGACCCACCCACACUCCUAUCACUAAUGAGAUGACCCACCCACACUCCUACCACCAACGAGAUGUCCCACCUACACUCCUACCACCAAUGAAACUACUCCACCCUCUGCUCCUACCUCCAAUGAGAUGCCUCUUCCAUCUGCUUUAACUCCACCUUCCAAACUGCCGUCUUCCCCAGUGAAGGGGAGGAAGGAACAACUUGCCUUCUGCCCCUAACAGCUCUCCAUCCAUCUAAACAUCUAUGGAACAUUUUUGGAACCCUGGAAGGACUCUGGAACAUCUCUGGAACUUUGGAACAUCUCUGGAACUCAUCUGAAACCCUUUUCCUGUUUUUCUGGGUGAGGAGGGUCCUGACGAGGUAGAAUAUCUUUCCAACUAAGUCUUCUUGAUCCAUUCCUCCAGAAUGCAUUUCUUUUUGUCCAUAUUUACCUGCAUACCCAAGGAUAUUUCAGUUGGCUUCAAGAUUUACAGAACCUAUUGGGAAGUAUGGUAACUUUGUAUCCCUACAGUUAAGGUAUAAACCUUGUAAAUAUCUGUGUUAAACUACUAGAUGGAUAUAGACAACUCAUCUCUGGGACAUUCUGAGGUAACAGAGUACGUUCCCUAAAUAAGGCCUGAAGAGCUCCCUCCAUCCAAUUUGUGUGUCUGACACUGUGUAUUGUAAGUGUGUACUUUCUAACCACGGCCAAUUUCAAAAUGUAUGUUUUUUUUCUACCCUAUUUCUACAGUAGGCUGAUGCUAUGCGGAUCCCCUUCUAUUAAUUCUGAACAGUAAACAGACUCCCUCUGCCAUUUGGUUCCUCAUGGUGCUUCCUCUAUCUAUCUCCAGGUUUUUACCUCUAACUGCAUUGCCAGCUUCUAUUCCUGGUUUCAGGAUCAUGGAUUUACCAAAAAACAACAACAAAACUCAUUAUAUACGCAACAAGGAAUACAAGAAGCGCCUUCCCUGUCUUUUGCCAUCCGCCUUGUUCGUACAGUAGGCAGCCCUUUCACCAGCAACACGGUAAAACAUGACAACAUGAAGAAAGAACUGAAUGUGGAUACCCUAAAUUUUCCAUGAUAUACUGCAUAUAAAUGUUUUAUAAGUAAGCUGAACCAGGCCUGGGCUGUAUUCGGGUUGUUACAUCUUUAUAACAAUGUUAUGAAAAGCUGGACUAUUUGUUACCAAUGACACUGAACACAAAGGGAAAAUUUUUCAACCCCAGCUGAUCUUCUGUAAUCCAAAAGGUUUGCAAUGCAAAAUAUAUAUAUCCAAAUAUGUCUGGACCUAACUGCAUAUAUAUAAACUGUUAGGUCCGGAAAUAUUUGGACACUGACACAAUUUUCAUAAUUGUGUCUCUGUACGCCACCAGAAUGGAUUUGAAGUGCAGACUUUCAGCUUUAAUUCAAGGGGUUGAACAAAAAUAUUAUAUGAAACGUUUAGGAAUUGCAGCCAUUUUCAUACCCGGUUCAGUUGUUUCAGGAGCUCAAAUGUAAUUGGACAAAUUAACAUAAUCUUGAAUAAAAUGUUCAUUUUUAA